CUCAGACAAGCAAACAUCGGCACGGACAUUUUCCAGUCCAGUCCGUGACUGAGUUUACCUAGACAUAUAGAUAGGUGAUCAUUUCAGUUCAGUGGUGGUCAGCGGUGGCUCCGCCCUGACCCGUCCCAGCGCAGCUGAUUGGAGGGCGGACUGGAGAGCUCGGAGACUCGGUGGGGUGUCUGGCUGUGCUGCUGCUCUGAACGCAUAUGACAAGGGAAGAGAACGAGACACCAGAGCCGUGGAGCUGGGUCAACUCCUCUCCACUCCACUCUCAUCGCAUCUAUUGUUGUGGGGAAUGCCACACCCCUACCAGUUUAUUCUGCACAACUCUUCCGAGACUUUUACGCAUCGGCGAGAAUAAGACAAUCGCGUGGAUUACUUUGGGACUUUUUUUCUCCACCGGUUUUUUUAUUUGUUAGUGUGUGUUUGUUUACUCCUCUUCCACCAUGAGUGCCGUCGUGGCCAACGACAGUUUCUUUCUGUCCGCUAUCCAGCCCAACACUUCGGUGACCACGUACGCGGUGCCCUCCGAUCAACAGCUGGGAGGACACGGGCGAUCCGGUUCGGACGAGGCGGCCCGAGUGAAGCGGGUCCAGCAGCAGGUUCAGAUGCGACUCGCCGAGAGAUCCAGCGGCUCCAUGCCCCGCGCCGCAGCUCCGCAAUAUCAGCCAGCAGAGUUGAAUGGUGGCUCCUCUCUGCACUACUCCACUUAUCAUCCUGGAUUCAGCUCCGCCUCCAUGGCCCCCACAGCCAAUCGUACCAAGACCGUUCCGCGGAUGUCUCAGUAUUCGGGCGGGUUCUCGUCGCGGUCGGCGGUGGAGGUGGGCACUAACCGGCGAAUCAGCACGGGCGUCCCUCUGGUAGCCCCCGCCCACCGCCCGUACCAUUUCCAUGACGACAUGCUGGUGGGGACACACCACCACCACCACAGCGGACACACACACACACACUCCCAGGCGCACACACACUCACGCGUGGCCAAUCGAGUGGAGCAGGACGGGCUGACCUUAGGGGUGGGGGGCUCUCUCCCUCGCCAACCCUCACCUGUACCCAGUUGGGGUGGUCGAGACGGAGGAGGUGGGUCUUCAGAGCGCUAUGCCUACCACUACAGCAGCAGUGGAGGAACAGGAGCAGGCACUCUCCCUAACCCCGCCCCCAUGCGGCGCACGCUGAGCGGAACCCUGGCGCGGGGGGGCGGAGUCGGAGUUGGAGUGGGGGGGUGGAGAGAACCGGAACUCAUCCACCAGUACUCCUUUAAAGGCCCCGCCCAGAGAACCCUCAGCCGCUUCAGUAACUACCGGCAACAGCAGCACCAGCAUCAGCACCAACACCAGCAUCAGCAGCAUCAGCAGCAGCUGAACCGCGGCACCAUGCAGUACCAGCACAUGACCAGCGGUGGUGGAGGGGGCGCUAGUGUGGUGGGCGGCCAGAGCUCGGUCAGGAGGGCGGGGUCACUACACAGCCUGCGGAGCGUCGGGAAGGGAGGGGACAUCCUGGAUGGAGAUGCCAGCGCAGCCGGGAGUGACACGCUCGGAGGGAUGCAGAACCUGGACAUGCCGACUGCCGUCAGUUACCUUAGCAACACAGACGUGGCGCUGCAGAUGAUGGGAGCUGCCUACAUCCAGCAUCAGUGUUACCAUAGCAGCGACGCCAAGAGCCAGGUACGUGAGUUGAAGGGUAUCCCUGCGCUAGUGGCGUUGUUCUGUAGCGAGUCCCAAGAGGUCCAACGCUACUCCACCGGCGCCACUCGGAACCUCAUCUACGAGAACAUGGACAACAAGACCGCUCUCAUCCAAUCAGACGGCAUCGCCAAACUCAUGGAGGCGCUACGGGAACCGGACGACGAGCUACGCAAGAACAUCACUGGGAUCCUGUGGAAUCUGUCAUCGAAGGACAACCUGAAGGAGAAGUUAGCGCGUGAGACGCUAGCGGAGCUAACGGAGAGAGUUCUGAUCCCACUGUCAGGGGGAGGAGACUCAGGAGUCAUACAACAGACGCCAUCAGAAGCGGACAUAUUCUAUAAUACUACAGGCUGCCUAAGGAAUCUGAGUUCGGUGAGUGGUAAGACUCGUCAGCAGAUGAGGGAUACGCGGGGCCUGGUGGACGCUCUGGUGGCCUUCAUACACAACUCACUGGACGAGGGCAAGACAGAGGACAAGGGCGUGGAGAACUGUGUGUGUGUGCUGCGUAACCUGUCCUACCAGCUGUACUCCGAGCUGCCCCCGUCUGUGCUGCUACGCCUGGAGGGGCCCACUAGGGGGCAGGACGCCCAGGAGAGCACCGCCAUCGGAUGUUUCACACCACAGAGCAAGAAGGCCAAGGAGCAGAAGAGCCAGGAGUUGUGUACGCUGUCGGAGGUGGCUCGGCAGCCUAAGGGGGGCGAGUGGCUGUGGCACCCCCAGGUGUUGUCCCUCUACAGCCGAGUCCUACAGGCCUGCGACACCAACACACACACACGCGAGGCAGCAGCAGGAGCUCUGCAGAACAUCACAGCGGGGGAUAGCAGGUGGGCGUCAGUGCUGAGUCGGGUGGCUCUGGAGCAGGAGCGUUUGCUGCCGGUGGUUCUGGACCAGCUGAGGAGCCAGAGUGAUGCGGAGAUGAGAUCUCUCACUGGACUACUGAGGAACCUCACCAGGCACGCACGCAACAAGGACGACAUGGCUACUAAGGUGGUGAACAUCCUGGUGACGCGGUUGCCUAGCGACGGCCACCAGAAGGAUCCGUCCAGUGAGGUGGUGGUGAACGUGUGCGGAGCGCUCAACAAUCUGGUGGCCGGUAGCUCGCUGGCCGCACGAGACAUCGCCUUCUUUGGAGGACUGCCCAAACUAGUGUCCAUCAAGACAUCACACGACAACAGCCCAGGGAAGUUGAAGGCAGCUAAGGCGGCCUCCACUGUUCUGUCCAACAUGUUCCAAUACUCCAAACUGCACAAGGACUACAAACAGAAAGGAUUCACCAGACAAGACUUUGUGGACCCUUCACUCUGAGCACCUUACAGAGGAAGAAUAACAGAGGAAGAGGAGGAGAAAGAAGAGGAGAAAG